AUGAGUGCAAUGAAAGGGACAGUCCUCGUCACUGGUGCCAAUGGAGGUCUAGGAAGCGCCAUUGCCAAACAAGCCUCUUCCCAGCCAAAUUUCAAUGGAUAUCACAGUCUCUUUGCAGUCCGUGACGCGACAAAGGCAUCGGCCCUUAGAUCUGCACUCUCGAACGCAUCACAUCCCUAUGAUGUUAUAUCCCUUGACCUGACCAACCUCGAUAAUGUGCGUCAGGUCGCUGAGGUGAUCAAUUCUCGAGUCGCCGCUGGAGAAAUCCCUCCUAUUCAAGCGUUGAUUCUGAAUGCUGGAUUCCAAGAUUUUGGCAAGCAGAUUUGGACUGAGGACGGUUUCGACGUAACAUUUAUCGCCAAUUAUCUCGGUCACUGGCUAUUAACGCUACUGCUUCUGAAGAGUAUGAACAAAGAUUCCGGCCGCAUAGUUGUGAUCGGAAGCCAAUCUCAUGAUCCCUAUGAUAAACGUAACGACAGCACGGAGGCUUUUGCGGAUGAAAAGCACAAGACCUUCGUAAAAGACCAGGCCGGUUUUGAAGCAAUAGCAAAAGGCACCUGGAGCUCAGCACAGGAGGACCCAUCAUGGCGAGGCGGGUAUCGUCGCUACGGCGCAUCAAAGCUAUUCCUUAUCAUGAUGAUCCACGAACUCCAACGUCGAAUGAGCCUUGAUCCUGUUCUACGAAAUGUCUGUAUUUUGGGCGUUGAUCCGGGUACUAUGACAACAGGACUACAACGGCACGCAUCCUGGAUGAUUCGAGUUCUAAUAUUUCAGAUUAUUUAUCCAAUUAUCGUCUUUCUUAUGCCGAACGGGCCAGUGAGGAGCACUCAAAAGUCGGGGUCGCGAGUGCUCCACGCCGCAUUUGAAUCAAGCCCGGAGUUGGGAGAGUCUCCAAAGGGAUUGUAUUUCCUUGAUGAAGUGCUUUUUGAGACAAGCGCCGAGUCUAGAGACGUGCAUAAACGAAAUAUAGUGUGGAAGGAAACCGUAAAGUAUAAGUUAAAGCACCUUUACGGGGGCCACCCUAGUAGGGGCCACCUCAAAAAUGCAACGCGUUCGCGAUGA